AUGUCACCUGCCUCACCACUCCCUGUUGCAGCGUUGUCACGACUGCGCAUUACGCAUAGAAGCUUCCUCACGCGCAGUCGUGGGCGUCAUGUGUGCCGCUCAGCAGUUGGCGUUGAGUAUCGACCAGAACAACAAAAGAAGGUACUCGACCAUUCGUACGCACGUGUAAUCAAUGCGGAAGUAGUUCACGGCGAUGAGCAAAAAUUUUGGGGUGAGCGCCGCACCUUCUACACGCAGAGGAAUAUAUUUUUUCCUAUGUGGGACCGCUGUGCUCAAGCGCUUAUUCUCAUCACGCGGGAGGUGCCACGUGUACCGCAGGAGAUGGCCUUUCGGUUGAUGGCUGUGUUCUUGAAGUUAAUGUUACUUCCACGGCUAAUGAUGAACACGGAGUUGAUGUUGCCCAUGUGGAUAGCGUCAAACGCAGAGGGGGCCAUGGCAGCCGCGAAGGAUGGAUCUAAAGAGAAAGAGCAAAGUAGCAAACAACAAGGGGAAAGCAAGGAUGAUGCCAAGAAGGAGGGUGAUAACACAAAGUAA